CCUUCGUCUUUCUUCCACUCCCACUUUGUUUUCCACAUCCUUCCUCCCAUUCCCCCUCAUCUCUUUUUCCUCCACAUCAUGGCAACUCUCUCGCUCCAGCAUACUCUCCCAAAGCUGCCUGUUCCCACCCUGGAGGAGACCCUGGCGAAAUACCUUUACUCCAUCGAACCUCUCACCACACCCGAGGAGCUCGAGCGCAACAAGACCCUCGCCAAGGACUUUCUCAAGCCAGGUGGACUUGGCCGGACCCUGCAGCAGCGUCUCCUUGAUGUCGAUCGCGCUGCCCCAAACAACUGGCUGGAUGAUACGUGGUGGAUCAGCAAAGCGUACCAUGAGUGGCGGGAACCAUUGUUGGUCAACUCGAACUGGUACAUCUUGAUGAGAAACGACCUCAACCAUCCAAAGGAUUUCCACCCCACGGCUGAAAACCCCGCCUACACAACCUUCCAGGUGAAGCGCGCAGCUCAUGUCGCCCAGCAAUUGCUCGAUUACACCGAAACCCUGUACAGUCAAAAUGUUCCUGUGGAAAAGACGAGAAGCGGUCCGUUGUGCAUGCACCAAUAUACGCAGUUGAUGGGCAUCACGCGUAUUCCUCAGCAUGGAUGCGACAGGCUUGCGUACACGCCCUUUCCCUCGCCAUCAAAGCAUAUUGUGCUGAUCAUUGAGGACCAGCUCUUCAAGAUUGACGUCUACACGGGCGAUGGCAAGCGCUUCCUGGACGGUGACAUGGAGAGGCAAUUUCUGAACGCCAUCAAGCAGCUCAAGCAGAUCAAGACCUCCGCUCCUGUCGGCCUCUUGACCUGCGACCACCGUGACGCCUGGACUGUUGCGCGUGAACAUCUCGUGGUCCUGGAUCCCAAAAACCGCGAAUCCCUUCAGGUGAUCGAGGACGCCCUCUUCUGUGUGACCCUCGACUCCGCCGCCGAGGCCACCAAGGCCGACCGCGGUAACGAUUUCGCAGAAUGGGCCAAAUUCGGCAUGCACGGUCAUGGUGGACAUAAUCGCUGGUGUGACAAGUCUAUGAACAUGAUCUUUGAACGCGACGGCAAAUUUGUCUGCCAUGGCGAGCACUCGCCCUGCGACGCCUUGAUCCCGGCCUUGAUCAUGGACAUCAUUGUCCGCAAACCCACAGACUUAAACGCCCCCGCGACUAAUAACCCCACGCUCGCAGCACCCCAACACUUGGCCUUCGUGACCGACACCAAAACACAGGAGCACCUCAAGGCGGCGUCGGCAACGAUCGAGAAAUUGUCGAAGAACAGUGAUUGCGGCAUCGUUUACUUUGACGAGUACGGCUCGGAUUAUGUCAAGAAAGUUGUCAAGACCUCGCCGGACGCUUAUCUCCAGAUGGCGCUCCAGCUCGCAUACUUCAAGCAGAUGGGCGAAUCCUGUGCGACUUACGAGACCGGUUCUACGCGUCAGUUCCGUCAUGGACGCACCGAGACUACCCGAUCACUCAGCACCGACAGCAAGGCCUUCUGCGAGGCCAUGGAGAAUCCCUCUGUCAAGCCCGAGGAGAAGAUGAAGCUCCUCCGCGCCGCCAUUGCUGCUCAUCAGCAGUACCAAAAGGACGCCGCGAACGGCAAGGGAUGCGAUCGUCACCUGCUUGGUCUUCGUCUCUGCCUCCAACCAGGCGAGACCCACGACUUGUUCCAGGAGCCGGUCUUUGCAAAGAGCGGGGCCUUUUUGCUGUCGACCUCGGGUCUGUUUGCUGGAGACAACUUUGUCGGCACAGGAUUCGGAGCCAUGUACCCUGACGGAUAUGGUAUCAACUAUUUGGCAGGAGGCAAGACGCUGAAGUUUGGAGUCGAGUCCAAAUUCGAGAGCAAGGUCACGAGCACGAGGAAGUUUGGAGAGUUCUUGAGACAGGCUCUUAGGGAUAUGAGGACCGUCGUCGAGCAGAACUUGCCCGAGGACCAGCGCAAGGUUGCCGCCAAGUUGUAAAAAAAAAAAGAAAAGAAAAAAAAAGGGCUAAUCGUCUUCUUGGAUGGCAGACAAAUAAUUUUGUAUGUAGGAGUUAAUCUCCCUUGUUAUCUGACAUUUUGUUGACCGACGGUAGUCUUUAGAGAAGCGGAUGAAAAAAAUAAAUAGUUCGCCAGUACAAUUCAG